CGCCCAAUAUUUCCUUUUCGCAGUCCACUUCAAUUUUGUGUCUUCCGUUAGAGCUUUGAUCAUGAGGCAAAAACGAGCCAAAACUUAUAGGAAGCUCAUGAGUCUCUACUCCAUGUCUUUUGGUUUUCGACAACCGUAUCAAGUACUUGUCGACUCAGAACUAUGCAAGACUUCAGUAGAUCAUAAAAUCGAGCUUGUCAAACAACUAGGAACUGUCCUCCAAGGGGAAGUAAAACCCAUGAUCACUCAAUGUUGCAUACAUGAAUUGUAUCUUCAGCGCGGACAGCAACCUGCUGUGGAUUUAGCCAAAACAUUCGAGCGCAGGAAGUGUAAUCAUCGGGAACCUAUUUCAGGAGAUGAUUGUUUAGCAAGCGUCGUCGGUAAAGUUUUGUUUUUCAUUUAACGAGCAGCGCGGCGUUCAUGCGUCAUAGGGGACUCGAACAAGCAUCGCUACGUUAUCGCUACCCAAUCCGAUGCUCUUAGGGGAAAGCUCAGGCUGAUUCCUGCAGUGCCGAUCG